UGAUUGAUUUCAUACACUCUAACACUUAGCAAUAUAAUAAUUAUUAAUAUUAUUUUUAAUCCAGAAUCGAGCAACCGAGAACUAUCUGCGCAGGACUGUGCAUCAUUUCGGAGACCUUGAAAAAAGUGGAAUUUCAAGAAAAAUGAAGAAAUUUCUGCCACAUUAUUCAUCUGGGAUAGUUGUUAAGGGCUUUGGUAGGGGUUCAAAAGAGCUGGGAAUACCAACAGCUAAUUUCCCGGAAGAAGUCGUCAAUAACCUCCCUCAAGAUAUGGAGACAGGGGUGUAUUACGGAUUUUCUCAGGUUGACAACGGUCCAGUUUACAAAAUGGUAAUGAGCAUUGGUUGGAACCCAUAUUACAAAAAUGAGAAGAAAUCGAUGGAAACCCAUAUAUUGCACAAAUUCGACGAAGAUUUUUAUGGAAAAAUUUUAAAAGUUGUUAUUUUAGACUACAUAAGACCUGAACUCAAUUUUAAUUCGUUAGAUGAAUUGAUAGACACAAUAAAAUCGGAUAUUGCAAUAGCUGAAAAAAAUUUGAAUCAGAGUGAAUUCAAAAGUUUUCAAGAGCACCAAUUCUUUAGUUGAUUGAUACUCAAAUAAUAAGAUUAUAUUCUAAAGAAAACAUAAUAGGAAAUCGCGAUUGGAAUACAAAAUGAAAGACUUAUUAUUAUUCACUAUUAUACUUAGUUAAUAUACACCAUAUUACAUUCCUUAUCUGGUUCUCAUUAUUUGUACUUAAACUAAUCUUCCUGGAAUUUUUUGAUAUGUCCAUCAUUAUGCAUUUGUAUUGUCUCCUCAGGCCUUUGAAAAUGUUAUUAUAUUUUACAUAGAAAUAAUAUAUGUAUAUAAUAAAUGCAAAAGUAUUA